AUGCGUAUAGUGAUUGUAAAGGAACUAGUUGCUGAUAGACAAAAGGAUGUUUUAAAAAUCUUACCUGGAUUGACAUGUUUCAUAGAAGGCGUAAAAGGCAUUUCUGUGGAGUCUAUACCUGGUUUAAAUGAAACUGGUUGGAGGCCACUUAUGAGAACCCCUAGAACAGGGCGAAUUCAAGAAGAAAAUACCGAUCCCGAUAAAUUGGCAGUGGCAUUGAAGCAGGUUCUUGUUGCUGUUAAAAAACAGGACUGGGCGUGGCCUUUCUUAGAGCCAGUUGAUAUUCAAUUAGCAUCAGAUUAUUAUGAUAAAAUUAAAUAUCCAAUGG